AGUUGCAGUCAUUCCGCCGGUCGAGUCGGAUGAUUGUAUUGAAUGGUCAAUAUUGAGUAUUGACUAAAAUUACGUGGAGUUUUUUGAGUCGCGUUUUUAAAUGAAUCUAACGUAACAAGUGUGUUAUAGAUUUAAAAAGUUUGCUUUAUUUUUAAAAAAAAAUGGCGGCCUUCAACGUGGUGCUGGGCUGUGUAAUGGCCCUGCUCAUAAUAUUAUUCACAAUCAGCUCCAUUGCUCGGUAUUACAUAAAGUUCAUUUUGUUCAUCGUGCUGUCGUUAUUAUCUGCUUCACUGCCGAUACCACUUAUGUUAUUCCGUCCAUUCGAUCCUAGAAACGCUUUGAUACCAGCUGCGUUAUCAAGGUUGACGUCCAGAAUGCUGGGCAUUCGGUGGACAGUGAAAGGAUUGGAAAAUGUUGACGACAGCCGCGGAGCUGUUGUACUCUUGAACCAUCAGAGUAGCAUAGAUCUCUUUGUGUUGUCCGAACUGUGGCCUCUCAUGUCACGGUGUACGGUGGUAUCCAAACGAGAGCUGCAAUAUUUAGCACCUUUUGGUACCGGUGCGUGGCUGUGGGGUACUGUGUUCAUCGACCGAGGGGCGCGAUCAGCGCAGACCAUCCUCAACAAACAGAGCCUCGCUGUUAAAGAUCAAAAGCGGAAACUGUUACUUUUCCCUGAAGGCACGCGGCACCUCGGGGACAAGUUGUUACCGUUCCGCAAGGGGGCGUUCCACGUAGCGGUGGACGCGCGCGCCCCCAUACAGCCGGUCGUCAUCUCCAAGUAUCAUUUUCUCGAUGACAAACGACUUAGAUUCGGUUCUGGUGAAGUAGUAAUAACUAUAUUACCCAGAAUCGAAACUGAACAUUUAAGCAAAGACGACAUUCCCGCGCUAAUGGAGACCACUCAGAUGACGAUGCAAGAAACAUUUACGAGAGUAUCGGCAGAGACGAAAUCAAGGCUCGCCAUGCAGGAAAAACAUGACUGAAAUGUAAAGUAAAAAUAAACAUGUAUGUAAAAGGGGCUGUGAUAAUGUGAAAUGUUUAUGGUAUAUUUAAUAACAGAUUUUGUAUUUACAGUAAAUACUUAUUUAUUGAAUAAAAAACGAUAAA